AUGUCAGUCGCAACGCUUCAGCCUCAAGACCCAGUCUCGCGACUGGAGAAUGAGUCUUCAAUUGUCCUCCAAGCCGAAGCCCUAUCUGAGAGCUUUGCCGCGCCCGUCAAGCCACACCCAAACAUUGAGACCGUCAAUAUCGCUCCUGACGGGCCAUUGCUUGAGUCGGAUGCGUCCGAGAACGGCACCAAUGGCGUCAACGGCCACGACGAGCCAAAGGCCGCCCUCAAGGCCAUCAAUGACACAUGGCUGCAGCUCAACCACGUAGCCUCGAGCGUUCAAGAGCCUACUACUGGAGCCAAGAAGCUUCGCAAGAUGCUCCUUGAGACCAAUGAGUUGAUCGUAUGCCCUGGAGUCUAUGAUGGCUUGUCGGCACGGACUGCUAUUGAGCUUGGCUUCAACGCCAUGUACAUGACAGGUGCUGGAACCACUGCUUCCCGUCUUGGCCAACCCGACUUGGCUAUUGCUCAGCUCCACGAGAUGCGAGAAAAUGCCGAAAUGAUUGCCAACCUCGACCCAUUCGGCCCACCUCUGAUUGCAGACAUGGACACUGGCUAUGGAGGUCCCAUCAUGGCCGCGCGCACAGUCGAGCAGUACAUCCGAGCCGGCGUCGCCGGUGCCCACCUGGAAGACCAGGUCCUCAUGAAGCGGUGCGGCCACUUGAGCGGCAAGAAGGUGGUGCCCCGCGAGGAAUACCUGGCGCGCAUCCGCGCCGCCCACGCCGCCCGCGUGCGCCUGCAGUCCGACUUUGUGCUCAUUGCGAGGACCGACGCGCUGCAGUCGCUGGGUUACGACGAGUGCAUCUCGCGGCUGCGGGCGGCUCGGGAAGAGGGCGCCGACGUGGGCCUGCUCGAAGGCUUCACGUCCAAGGAGCAGGCGCGUCAGGCCGUCAAGGACCUGGCUCCCUGGCCGCUGCUGCUCAACUCGGUGGAGAACGGCAAGAGCCCUACCAUCACCGUCGAAGAGGCACGCGAGAUGGGCUUCCGCAUCAUGAUCUUUAGCUUUGCUACGCUUGCUCCGGCCUACAUUGCCAUCCGCGAGACUCUGCUCCGCCUCAAGAACCAGGGUGUUGUCGGUACCCCCGAGAACAUCACCCCUGUCAAGCUGUUUGAGGUCUGUGGGCUCAAGCAUAGCAUGGCUGUUGAUAUGAAUGCGGGAGGUGCAUCAUUUGCCGAUGGUGUUUAG